UUCGGAGCCCAGCUAUUUGGGCCUGCCUCACUAAACGAUAGGCCCAAUCUCUUACAAUGGCGACUCAUCGAAGCUGCGGCGAGCUCGGUUUCCAGCUCGACAGCAGUGUCACUGUGAGAAGCCAGAGGAAGUUUUGCGGCGAGGGCAGGGGUUUAGGGUUUUUGAAGGGCUCACUGGUCGGCAAGGACAGGGGACGAAAGAAGCAAACGUGAGUUUGGAAAGCCGAGGAGAUGAAGUCGGUGGUGGGAGUCGUCGUUUCUAACAAGAUGCAGAAAUCGGUGGUGGUCGCCGUCGACAGGCUCUUCCACAACAAGGUCUACAAUCGCUACGUCAAGCGCACCUCCAAGUUCAUGGCCCACGACGAGAAAGACGCCUGCAACAUUGGAGAUCGGGUGAAAUUGGAUCCUUCGAGGCCAUUGAGCAAGCAUAAGCGUUGGGUUGUUGCGGACAUUCUGAAGAAAGCACGGAUAUACGUUCCUCCUUCUGCGGCUAAUCAGACUGCAUCAACUGCUUCGUCUGAACUUGCAGCGUCUUCAACCUCUUAAGGCCAUAUGUAUUGUCCAAGACAUCAAGAAGGCUUCAGAGAAAAGCAUCUAGGUGACACAAUCUCAGAUUUGCUCAUGGUGAAGAUUUUCUUACGGCUGAGGAUCGUUGUCUGGAUUUUGAACUGAUUAGCAUUUAUGAGGUCUUGUUGUUUCUUGAACUCGAGGAAAAGAGGGAUUCGGGCUUUAGUUUACAGCCCUUUUUGUGUGAUAUGCUGACUAGAUUUCGAAAUAAAUCUGUUUUUCUUUUUCUAGUCAACUUCCUGGUGGCCAAUCUUAUUGCAUUUCUGUCUGCAAAUGAUCUUCAUUCCGCAAAACAGACAAGUUAUUUUCAAUGCUUUCUUAUUAAAGAAGUUAACUUUUCGGUUUCGCAUUGCAUAUAUCAGUGCAUUUGAUAACAUAUGUUGACUACGUUGUACCUCGGCUUCCACGUGCAGCAUGUAUCAGUGCAUGCUGUGUCGUGUUAUCUCCACCUGUGUUGUGCAUGAGCUCCAUUGCUUACCUGGUGACAGCCAAUCCUCUUGAUUAAAGUUUUUUACCUUCCCCUUUAGCUCUAUAAAUCUAGGACUACACUUUUUCUUAUUCGCAUUCUACCUAUGGAUCAAUCUGGCCCCUCCAGUCCAUCUGCUCCUAAGAAAACUAUUCGAAGGAGGAAAAGGGUGGUAGAUUACAUUGGUGUUCGUACGAGGGCGUUGGGUAAGUUUGCUGCUGAAAUUUCUGUUCCAAGAAUGGGGAAAAGGUUGUGGUUGGGAUCAUAUGAUGCAGCAGACAAGGCAGCUAGAGCAUAUGAUGCUGCCCUGUAUUGUGUCCGUGGUGAGUGUGGGAAAUUCAAUUUUCCAGGUGAUAGACGGCCAGAACUCCCUAAGGCCCCCAUGGAUUCACUGUCAGAAGCAGAGAUAAAGGCCAUUGCUAAUAAAUUUGCUUUCUCGCGAGGCACUUCAGGCUUAACCUUGGUGUCUUCUUCUUCUUCUUCAGCUAGAACACCGGUGCAUGCUGAUAAAUCAGAUUCUGAUUUACCAGUUUCUAGUGCAGCUGCUAAGAAGAGGGCAUCCGAAGAGAAGGGGGCAGAAGCAGCGUCCGAAGACUCACUUGAUGAUCUUGAAAUGAAUGAUUUCCUGACUCUGGACCUUGAAUGGGUAAAUACCCUUUAAGGUGAUCCAAUGUUUUCAACAUGGUAUCAAGGGAACCAAAGCAUAAACAACCUUUUUAGCUUUCUUCUAUGUCCCAUGUAACUUUCAGUUAUGAUUGUGGUUCUUGGAUUAUGUGGAAUUGUGAGAAGCUUGGUUUUGAAGUUCUUAAUAAUGUUAUUUGCUUAUUGGGGGUAUUGGAACCAAGCCUGCAACUUGACCAGCAAUAGCAGUAGAAUUAUGAGUUUGUGUGCAGAGUGUGCUUGCCCUCUUGCGAGAUUCCUUUGGCAGCUAGGAUUGCUACUGCUUAAGUUUAAGUUUAUCUUGAUCUUAUUUUCGAUUCAGUGAGUUCUGCAUUUGGG